GCUGGUGACGUAGUUUCCGUGAACACUUCCGUUCCAGGGUCGGCGCCAUGUUCCCAUAAACCCUAGCGGCUUCUGUACAUUCUGGUUCCGUAGUCGAAGAGUGUCAACCCAAGAUGUCUGUUCAUCGGUUGUUCCAUCUGUCCUCUUUGCUGCGCUCUGCUGUGAGCCUCACCCUGCGCAGGAACAUCGGCAUCUCUGCUGUUGUCUUCAACCGUGCCAAAGAGCUUGACCCUGUUCAGAAGCUCUUCCUGGACAAGAUCCGUGACUACGCAACCAAGAGCAAGGCUGCAGGUGGCAUGGUUGAUGCUGGACCUGCGUUCCAGAAGGACAUGUCUGAUGAAGUGUCCAAACUACAGAGAUUAUACGGUGGAGGAGACAUGGAGACAUUUCCUGCCAUAAAAUUCACAGAGCCCAAACUGGAGGAAGUCCCCAAGUAAAUGAAUUCCUAGUUGUAAUUUCUCCUCUAUGUCACCACUUUGUUCUAUUUAAAAAAGAAUAAAAAUGCUCAUAAAAACAAAA